CUCAAGGAACAUUGUCAAUCAGCUUUUGAAAAAUAAGAAUUAAUAAAAUUUUUCUUCCUUUUUUUGGUUUUGAUUUUUGCUUGCUAUCGUUUUGAGUUUCGUUUUGUAGAAAUUAAAACAUUGUAAAAGGAUUAUGGACUCGCCGGAAAUAACUCGUGGACAGGUGAUGGGCCUGGUGGUAAGAGUCUGCAUUGUGACAGCGAUUACGUAUUACAGUGCCAAGUGGAUGAUUGGCUCCAUGGAUCCAAAUAGUAAGGCACGCAAGAAGGCCAAACAGCAGGCAGAACAGCAGUUAAAAAAAUUGAAUUCAUUGAAGCCUGCGGCGGGAACAAAAAUCAAAUUUCGAGCACGUGACUUCAACGAACACGAGGUGAUGAUUGCCUCACAUUUGGUGACACCCGAUGAAAUCGAUGUGAAUUGGUCGGAUGUAGCCGGAUUGGAUGCCAUCAUACAGGAACUAAGGGAAUCUGUGGUAAUGCCUGUGCGACAUCGUGAGCUCUUCAAGCGAUCCAAGCUGUUUCGUGCCCCCAAGGGAGUGCUCCUUCAUGGUCCGCCGGGUUGUGGUAAAACUCUGAUUGCCAAGGCCAUAGCCAAGGAGGCGGAUAUGCGAUUCAUUAAUCUGGAUGUCGGCGUUCUAACUGACAAAUGGUAUGGCGAGAGUCAAAAACUGGCCACAGCUGUCUUCACCUGUGCUAAAAAACUUCAGCCCUGCAUCAUCUUCAUCGAUGAAAUUGAGAGUUUUCUGCGUGCUCGCGGCGUGGCCGACCACGAGGCAACGGCAAUGAUGAAAACACAGUUCAUGUUGCAAUGGGAUGGCCUCAUCAGCGAUGGCAAUAGCAUUGUCAUAGUGUUGGGUGCCACCAAUCGUCCGCAGGACUUGGACAAAGCCAUAUUGAGACGCAUGCCAGCUCAAUUCCAUAUCGGACCACCAGGUGAAGUUCAACGAAAAGCCAUACUACAACUGAUUCUGCAAAAGGAGCAGCUUGACUCCGCGGUGAAUCUUCGUCAAUUGGCCAGAGGAACUGUUGGUUUUUCUGGUUCGGAUCUAAAGGAAUUGUGUCGUCAUGCCUCCAUGUACCGAAUGCGUGAGUUUAUGCGCGAAAGAGUAUCAAAGGACAAUCAACCGGACAAUGAGGAAAACCUUGAUGAUGCCUCAGAUCAGUUGGUUAUCAGCAUGGAUGAUUUGGUCAAAUCAUUAAGCUCAAUGAAAGCCUCUAAGAUACGUAUAUGCAAUGUGUUUGAAAAAGAUCCAGAAUUGGAUUAAGAUCCUUGUUCAUCUUCAAUAACAAGGUUUAUCAACAAACUUAACAAAUUGGUUUUCAAUAACAACAAUAAAUAUAAUGAAAGAAAACUA